ACCAGGGGGCGCUACGAGACUGGGGGAGGGAUGGAGACGCUCUAGCUCAGGUCUGGAGGGCCAGUUCCUGUAUCUAUGGUGCCGGCAACCUGCAGCCGGUAGUCUAGAGCCGGGACAGCCCUGCUCAAGCAAGGAGGUGGCUGAAUGACGGAGACACCCACUCACUGCCUUUUCCCGGAGAGCCACGAUCCGGCGCUGCUUUGCCCCCUGCCCCUUGAAACCAGCGUUUGGCCCUUUUCUUCCUGCGAUGUCACGGACCUCUGAUCCUUGACCUCCGAUCCUCAGGUCCCAGCAACCCCUCCCUCAGUCUUUCUGUAUCUCUCUUCUGGCUCCUCCCUGUCUCUGGUCUCAGCUCCCUGGUCCUCUGCCUCCCUGCCUCCUGUCCACUGAGCCCUGCUUCCUGGGCACUGAAAGCUAGCUUCCUGACUCUCAGGGUACCCUCCUCCAUUAACCCUUUUCUUCCCAGCUGCUGAGACUGCAGGCUCAUGCCCCUUCUCCUUCAUUGAACCAUCUCCCCAGCACCCGAAAUCACUCCCCUUCCUCAACUCCCUAUCCCUCCUUAAUCUGCUUUUUUACAAGCUUCCUCCUUGCCUCUCAACUCCUGCCCCAAUCUGCAGUGCACGAGCAAGGAGGAGCCUGCUGCCAGCAGGCCGGUAAACCCAGACCAUCUGAGCAGGCCCUUCACAUCUGUCAUGGAGGCAGGCACAGAGAAAGAUGGAAAUAGAGAGACCCUCUUGCCCCGGAAGAGGAUUCCUUCACCCUCAGGCUGCUCACACUCUGAGGAGCCCAGGAAGCCCCUGUGUUCCCACUCUGGUGGAAGUCUCAUUGCCCUGGGAGCCAAGAGUCAGGAAGACUCCUCAGGCUCCCCUGAAUAUCCUCUCACCAUAAGAACCAAGAAACUCAUCCUUCAUAUGGACAUAAACAACACCAUCUUAGUGUCUGAUAGUGCCACAGCCCAGGGCCCUGUGGCUGCCCUCAACUCUUACCUGAGCACUGUGUGUUGGGGGCAGUUCGACCAGUCUGGUAGGUGGAAGUGGUUGAGUGAAUCUCCUUCAUUGCUGCCCCCUAGCCCAGGUGCCAGCAGCUUCUCCUCAAAUUUUGGCCGAGACUCCGCAUUUACAGCAAGGACCCUGGGCCACCCCUUCCAGACACUCUUCUCCAACUACCUGCAGCUUUUGGAGUGGCCUGGCCAGCCCAAUGCAGUUUUCUCUGUCCCAGGGGAGGAUGGCCGUCAUUACCACCGUGUGCUGCCAGCCUUUUUCAAGCUACUGGCUGGCCUUUAUAAGCAGGGCCGCCGGUUUGCUAUCAUUUUCCGCACCUUUGGCAAAGACUUGACCUCACUACUCGAGACCACACACAUUGCCCUUCAAGGCCAGCACCCGCAAUUCUCAGCUCUGAAAGAAGUGGUGUUCCCUGUGGACCUUCAACCUGGAAAGAUCCGCUGUACUUCAAAAAAGGUGACAGUCACUCGAGGGAAAGAAUCUGUGUCCAACUAUCCAGAUACAAGAGGCAUCUAUAACUACUUCAGUGCCAUGGAAGGCCUGGGGGGCUUUCAGGACCACUUUGUCUGGUGGAACCAAAACAGUUUUUCCAGUCAGGGUGGUAAGCCACUAUGGGUGGAUCCCCAUGACCCUGAAGUCCAGCACAUCUGCUUUGAUGAUAAUAUUCGGCUCCAGGAUGAAGAGAGCAUCAUCCACCCCCAGGUAUUUAUGGGCCAAGAAGGAAGAGAGUACCGCACAGUCCCUACCUCGGAACUCUAUGGCAUCUGCCUAGUGCAGAAUGACCUCCUUCAGGCCAUUGCCAACCCUGACUACUUCUUGAUGGCUGUGAGCCAAUGUGAGGACCGGUAUGACCAAUACUUGUCACAGGCCCAGGCAGAUAACUGUUGAACUUGGCUCAGCUGAGCAGUGGACUUAAAGACUGUUUCCGACAUUUAGCCCUCUUGAACUUCAUUGGCAAGUUGCCUGCUCCAUUUUUUUGGCCUGCUUCAUUUUAAUCAGGGUAGGGAGGAGGCAGAAGGCAAGAAGGGACAUUGGGUCUGGCCCUCAUUUCUGCUGUCUCUCUUGUCUUAGGCCAAGGUGGGAGUUGUGGGUUGGGAAUUGAUUUCCCCUUUUCACUCCCACCCCAGGACCUUUGCACAUGAACCUUGGGCUUGGGUGGGGGUUUCUGAUUGCUCUUUGACUUCUGUUACAAACUUGUGCCCCUCUCAUUGGAAUCCACACAUUAAAGUCUUGCUCCAGUGUGGGGCUAAGCAAUA